GCGCUCUUUAUACGCAAUUGGAUGACAUGCAGCAGCAGAGGCGUGGCUCAUUAUGGGGAAAUUUGGCUUGCAGUUUAAAGCCAGUUUGGGGAAUGUUACGAACGUGAGGCCGGUGGGAGAUGAUUUCCGCUGGUAUUUAAAGCUGAAGUGUGGCAAUUGUGGUGAGGUGUCGGAUAAAUGGCAGUACAUCACCUUACUGGACAGCAUGCCACUGAAAGGAGGACGAGGGAGUGCUAGCAUGGUGCAGAAGUGCAAACUGUGUUCUCGGGAAAACUCCAUAGAUAUCCUGAGGGACACAAUUACACCUUACAAUGCAGAAGACAGUGAAAGGUAUAAGACAAUUCUCCAGUUUGAGUGUCGAGGCCUGGAACCAGUCGAUUUUCAACCUCAGGCCGGUUUUGCCGCUAGCGGAGCAGAAACAUCCUCCCAGUUCCCUGAAAUCAACCUGCAAGAGAAGGACUGGACGGACUACGAUGAGAAGGCCAGUGAGUCUGUGGGGAUCUAUGAGGUCACACAUCAAUUCAUCAAGUGCUGAAAAAUGAAGAGGUCUGAUUGAAGAACAACUGAUUGGUUACUGAAUGAAGAAUGAAGUGACUGCACCACACUCUUGUUAGUCAGUGCUGAUUGGUAAAAGGCUUAUAAUGUGUGAGAUGGACAGUAAGUUUGGUUAUACGAUACUACAAUAAUAAAGUAUGGAAUGAUUGGAUAUUUUUGUGUUUAUGUGGGUUUGUC